AUGUCCGUCAACUCUCCCCCCGCUCAACCCUCCUCGUCGCCGCUUGGUCGGAAUCGCAGCUCUCUCUUACACAAGUUUCGCUCGUCACUCGGUCAGCGCAAUCGCAGCCUUACUGAUUUCUACAUCGAACCCGACGACCCCUGGCGUUCCUAUUUCCCCGGGGAUGUGAUCAAGGGGACCGUCGUCCUUACCGUCGCUCGUCCCGUUCGCCUUACACAUCUCGUCGUUUGUUUACAUGGUUAUGUCAAGGUCUUUAAGAAUACAGUUCCCUCCGGGGAGACGGCCCCGGAUGUGGGAUUUCUCGGGCCUGGGCGCGGGCGCCGAGGAGCGGAGUAUUUGGGCAAUGGGCUGGCCACGCUGUUCGAAGACGAGGUCGUCCUCUGCGGAGAGGGCCGCCUUAAGGAGGGGAUCUACAAGUUUCGCUUUGAGAUGGUCUUUCCGCCAUAUGCCCUCCCCAGUAGCAUCAGUUUCGAACGAGGCACCAUUACGUAUAUGCUUACGUCCACCCUAACAAAACCUACCACCAUCAACCCUACCGUUUCCUGCCGCCGACGUGUGAACCUCAUGGAGAAUAUCGAUAUCGCUCCCUUUCCCGCCCCGAAAGCCCGUGUCGUGACACUGGAGCCGGUCUCGAAGCGCACGCGAUCGAAGGCAAAGGCGAAGUCGACGAGCUCGGAUACGGCACCGGAUUCAACGUCGGUCGAUGUCUCGGUCAGUGGCGCAGCGGGUUCGGACCAUCGCCCUCCGUUAAGUCCCGCUCCCAGUAACGUCAGCUCGUCGAGUCGGAUGAGCAACAGCAGCCAAAGUUUCCAAAUAGCCAGUGACCCGAGCUCGUCGGCCGGCACUGGACUGCGAAAUAAGGUUCUGCGCGCGGGCGUCCUUCCUGGAGAUACAUUACCCAUCAAAGUCACCAUCAACCAUUGCAAACAGGUGCGCAGCGCACAUGGGAUUAUUAUCACCCUCUAUCGUCAAGGACGAAUUGACCUUCAUCCAUCGAUUCCGGUUGGGACCUGCGCGAAUGGGAAGAAGCCCGUUUAUGAGGACAUCUAUCCGCGAUCCCGAACGGGGUUGGGCGGUCUGACGAUCGGCACCAGCCGGACCAGCAGCGUCUUCCGGAAGGACUUGGCGCAGUCGUUCGCCCCGUUGGUGGUCGAUCCCACCACAUUAACGGCCAUCGUGAAAACAUCCAUCCGCAUUCCCGAAGAUACCUUCCCCACUAUCACGCGUACCCCGGGUAGUAUGAUUAAUUUCCGCUAUUAUGUCGAGGUCGUGGUCGAUCUUCGCGGCAAGCUCACCUCGCCCGAGCGGUUCUUGCCGCGGUUCAACUUGGUCACCUCUGGCAGUAACUAUUCUCCCAGCGGCAAGGUCCUGAAUCCGACCGAUGCCAGCAGCAACGCCAUCACGGCGAAUUGGGCGGGGAACAUCUUAGAUACCGAUCAAAUCCGGCGGGAGAAAGGGGUCGUCGCCGUCGCCUUUGAGGUGGUGAUCGGGACGAGGGAUUCCCAUCGUCGGAAAAACGAACCGCGACGCGCCUCCUCAGCCGCGGCGAGCUCGGAUCUACAGUCCUCCGCUGGAAAUGCUCAAGGGGAUGGGGAACCUUGGCCGGCAGAUCAGCACUCCGUGCCCAAUGGGGAAUCCGAAUAUCCGUCGCCGGAAGAGUAUGGGCCGCAGGAGCUGUUCUGGCCGGAGUACGGGGACGAGUCGCAGCCGCAGUACCAGUCCUUGGGCGAGAUUGUAUCGACGCCCCAAUCGGAAGAACCGACAGACGAAAAGGCGCGCAUGCGGCACGCGGAGCAGAUGUUGCUUCCCAGUCAACCGCCGAAUGAGGCGGAAGCUGGACCGUCGACCGAUGUUCCCACGGCUCCUGUGCUUCCCGAGGAUGAUCACAUCAACGGCUACCACCACUUGCCCUCACCGACUGAGAGCACGGUGCCGCAAGCGUUGACUUCGGCUGAAUCGGUUCAAACAGUCGUGCCUGGCAGUAGUACUCUGAAUCGGCCUUCCGCACCAGGCGAUGACAAACAAGAGCUGGAGCGACAACGGUUACUGAUGGAGGCGAGUGCGCCAGAUGAAAAUGGACCGUCCCAUAGCAAUGCCGCCGAUGGACCGAGCGCUCCCGUCUUCCACGACGAAGGCGAUCACCAGCUGGUUGGUGGCAAUGCGCACGGAGACGAGUCCUUGCCGCGCUAUCAACGGUAG